AUGGCUUUCUCUUCCCCAGCUUUUUCUUCUGUUUCCUCCUUUAUUUCAAUUGUCCCAGAAAAGUUUUCAGGAACAGGCAAGCCAAACCUUCUUGUACGUGGCUGUUUGUCAACCAAUUAUGAAAAACAAAGCGUUUCCCUUGACAACGAUACUGAUUUCAGGUCUAACCUCUUGAAACACUUGAAGUAUCCAAUCGGACACCCCAGCUUCGCCGAAGACAUUCAUGUCGAACAUGCGCGAAAACUGAAGGCAUUUAAGCAUAUGCUAAGCAGAGUAAGAAAAGAUAGUUUUGAAGGAUUGGCCAUUAUUGAUGCUGUUCAACGCCUAGGAAUUGAUUACCACUUCCAGGAGGAGAUUCAACAAAUUAUACGCAGGCAAUAUGUGAUAUCUGCCACUUACCCUUUUCAACAUCAUUAUCUUCAGGAGAUUCCUCUUCGCUUUCGACUGUUGAGACAAGAAGGUUAUAAUGUGCCUACCGAUAUGUUUAACAAAUUUAUUAACAAGGACGGAAAGUUUAAACAGAGAGUAAGGGAAGACAUCAAUUCAUUGAUGGGUCUGUAUGAAGCAUCACAGCUUUGUAUAGGAGGAGAAGAUGUGCUUGAUGAAGCUCGGCAAUUUAGUUCCAAGCUUCUCAAUCAAUCGAUGAGUCAUCUUGACCCUUACCAAGCUAAGGUUGUUAGAAAUACAUUGUUGUAUCCCUAUCACAGAAGCUCGGCAAGAUGGUGGAAAGACCUCGGUUUGGCUAAGAAGUUGGAGUUUGCAAGAGAACAGCCGCUUAAAUGGUAUAUUUGGUCCAUGGCCUGCCUCACGGAUGCAAACUUGUCGUGGCAAAGAAUUGAGCUUACAAAACCCAUAUCCUUCAUCUACAUUAUUGAUGAUAUUUUUGAUGUUUAUGGGACACUUGAUGAACUCACUAUUUUUACAGAAAUUGUUAACAGAUGGGAUCAUGCGGCUAUUGAUCAACUGCCAGACUACAUGAAGAUAUGUUUUAAGGUUCUUGAUGAUAUCACUAAUGAAAUCAGCUACAAGGUGUACAAGGAGCAUGGCUUUAACCCUGUGCACUCACUAAGGAAAGCGUGGUCCAGUUUGUGCAACGCAUUUCUUGUUGAAGCAAAAUGGUUUGCUUCUGAGAACAUGCCUAAGGCUGAAGAAUACUUGAAAAAUGGGAUUAUUAGUUCAGGGGUACACGUGGUACUCGUGCAUAUUUUCUUUCUUCUGGGUCAGAAUGUAACAAAGGAAACUGUUGAACUUAUUGACAAUAAUCCCGGAAUAAUAUCAUCCACCGCAACAAUUCUUCGGCUUUGGGACGACUUGGGAAGUGCCAAGGAUGAGAAUCAGGAAGGUAAAGAUGGAUCAUACGUUCAUUACUACAUGAAGGAACACCAAGGGUCAAUUGUACAAGCUGCUGAAGAACAUGCUAUGAGUAAGAUUUCAGAUGCAUGGAAGUGCCUAAAUAAAGAAUGCCUCUCCCCGAACCCGUUUCCAGCUUCUUUCACAAGGGCGUCUCUUAAUCUUGCAAGAAUGGUUCCUUUGAUGUACAGUUAUGAUGACAAGCAACGCCUUCCAAGCCUCGAGGAGUACAUUAAGUCCCUUCUCUUCGAAAAUGAAGAACCUACUCGAGGAGUUUAUUAGUUCUUGUUUUUGAGAGAUUUUUUUUCUAGAGUAAACCAAGGAAAGAACAUAACGUACGUUGUUUACAGGGUAAUAUGUAAUCAAAUUAUCAGAUGGGUUACUUAAAUUUCACCCAUGAGAUUUGAUAAAAAUGAAUAUGCCCUUUAAAUCAAUAGAAAUAUGGGUAAAUUAAUGAAUGAACAUGAUUUGAUAAACUGAAGAGGCUACCAGAUCUACCCCUGUGAAACUAAAUUCCUUUUGGUUUCA